AUGACGCUUGUACUAGACAUGGUUGAGCAGUCUAUGACUCUCGACAAUUGUUGGAGAUCCAGUCAAAUGAUCUCUACUUGGCGGUUCAAGUCAUGGUUUCUUUUACUGGCAGACGAGUCGUCAAUGGUUAGACAAGCAUCCAUAGCUUCUCUGAUGGACAUCACUUCUUCGCUUUCUCCCCAUUACAUGGUAAAGCUUGCUGAAAUUGCCACUUCUGAGGUCAUCUCACCGAAGGUUGAAAGAAGUGACUUUUGGGACACUGUGUUUUCAGCAUCUGUUGACAAG